AAGGGAAUCCCUAGUAGUCCAAACCACUCAGGUAUCUGGCGUCUUAUAGAAGGUAUUCGGCAGCCGCUGCGUGAAUUGGCAGUUCGGCUAAAGCAUGGCGAGACUCUACGCCAAAUCUUCCCUUCUGGAUUAAGCUUCACUCCUAUAGGGUGGCCUCAAGUCAGCCGAGAUUCGGCAGCUUCUAAAGAUGGCUGCAGUAAUGUUGGUCCCGACGAACUUGAUGCUAUCACCUUGCUCCAACAAGCCGGUAUCAGUUAUGCUGGAAAACUUACUACUGACAUUGAAUCGGCCGAACUGACUAGCCAGCUUCUUAAGCUGGGUAUCCAGCCUGGACUGAGUGCUACUGAGUUUCGAGCUAAUGACCCAGAUCACUUGCGCCUUCUGACCCGCAUGGGCAUCCAUGUGCACUUUGCUAAGAAUGGACAGAUUGAGCUUACACAACACCGCGAUGAUGUGAGUCCCUCUCGAAGUUUCUUUCUCUGA